CCGGGAGCUGUAGUCCCCGGAGCCGGAAGUGGGGGUGGCCGGGAUAGAAGCCGCAACCCAGGCGGCUGUGUCUGCCGCCGCUGCCGCCGCCCGUGUGUAGCGCAUCACCCGGAGCCCACCGGCCGUGGGUGCCUCCUCCGGCCCCAGGGGCCCCCCGGGAGCCCUGAAGGGCGAAGCGGCGGGGGCGCCUGUCUUGGGCGAAGAGGCGGCCUGGCCGCCCCGGAUGCGGCCGGAGGGCGCGGGAAUGGAGCUCGGGGGCGGCGAGGAGCGCCUGGCUGAGGAGAGCAGGAGGGAACACUGGCAGUUGCUGGGCCAUUUGAAGACUACGGUGGAGGGUUUGGUAUCAGCCAGCAGCCCCAACGUCUGGUCUAAGUAUGGUGGCUUGGAGCGGCUCUGCAGGGACAUGCAGAGCAUCCUCUAUCACGGGCUUAUCCGUGACCAGGCGUGCCGUCGCCAGACUGAUUACUGGCAGUUCGUGAAAGACAUCCGGUGGCUCAGUCCCCACUCAGCCCUUCACGUGGAGAAGUUCAUCAGCUUGCACGAGAACGGCCAGAGCAGUGCUGAUGGUGUGAGUGAACGUGCUGUUGCCGAGUUGUGGCUGCAGCACAGCCUGCAAUACCACUGCCUCUCAGCCCAGCUCCGGCCUCUGCUCGGGGAUAGACAGUACAUCAGAAAAUUCUACACAGAUGCUGCUUUCCUGCUAAGUGAUGCUCACGUCACGGCCAUGCUUCAGUGCCUGGAAGCAGUGGAACAGAACAACCCCCGCCUCCUGGCUCAGAUAGAUGCAUCCAUGUUUGCCAGAAAGCACGAGAGCCCACUCCUGGUGACAAAGAGCCAGAGCCUGACAGCCCUGCCCAGUUCCACAUACACCCCUCCAACCAGCUAUGCUCAGCAUUCCUACUUUGGGUCCUUCUCUAGCCUCCACCAAUCCAUGCCCAACAAUGGCUCAGAGAGAAGAUCUACUUCCUUUUCACUCUCUGGCCCUCCCCGGAAACCUCAAGAAAGCAGAGGGCACGUCUCACCAGCAGAGGAUCAAACCAUCCAAGCCCUCCCGGUUUCAGUCUCUGCACUAGCCAGGAAUUCCCCCUUAACCCCAAAUGAGAUGAGCUCCAGUACUCUGACCAGCCCUAUAGAGGCAUCCUGGGUCAGCAGCCAGAAUGAUUCCCCAAGUGAUGCCAGUGAGGGGCCUGAGUACCUGGCCAUUGGCAACUUGGACCCCCGAGGCCGGACUGCCAGCUGUCAGAGUCACAGCAGCAAUGCUGAGAGCAGCAGCUCCAAUUUGUUCUCCUCCAGCAGCUCCCAGAAGCCAGAUUCUGCUGCCUCUUCCUUAGGGGACCAGGAGGGAGGUGAGGAGAGCCAGCUGUCCAGUGUCCUCCGCAGGUCCAGCUUCUCAGAGGGGCAGACACUCACCGUCACCAGUGGGGCAAAGAAGAGCCAUAUUCGCUCCCAUUCGGAUACCAGCAUCGCCUCCAGAGGAGCUCCAGGAGGUCCCAGGAAUAUCACCAUUAUAGUUGAAGAUCCCAUUGCAGAAUCCUGCAAUGAUAAGGCGAAGUUGAGAGGCCACUUGCCCUACUCGGGUCAAAGCAGUGAAGUCAGCACACCCAGUUCUCUGUACAUGGAGUAUGGUGGUCGGUACCUGUGCUCAGGGGAAGGCAUGUUCCGAAGACCAUCAGAAGGACAGUCCCUCAUCAGCUACCUCUCUGAGCAAGACUUCGGCAGCUGUGCCGACCUGGAAAAGGAGAAUGCCCACUUCAGCAUCUCAGAGUCCUUAAUCGCUGCCAUCGAGCUAAUGAAGUGCAACAUGAUGAGCCGGUGCCUGGAGGAGGGGGAGGAAGAGGAAGACAGUGACAGAGAGAUCCAGGAGCUGAAGCAGAAGAUCCGCCUUCGGCGCCAGCAAAUCCGCACCAAGAACCUGCUCCCUGUGUACCAGGAGGCUGAGCAUGGAAGCUUUCGGGUCACCUCCAGCAGCUCCCAGUUCAGCUCACGCGAUUCGGCACAUCUCUCUGACUCUGGCUCUGCUGAUGAGGUUGAUGAAUUUGAAAUCCAAGAUGGUAGUGAAGGAUCUAACCUGACUCACAUAUCAAAGAACGGACUGUCAGUGUCACUGGCCUCGAUGUUCUCAGAUGCUGACAUCAGAAGGAACACAGCCUCAAGCAGCAGAUCCUUCGUCUCCUCCCAGUCCUUCUCCCACGGCUUCCUGCACUCCACAUCUGCUGAGGCGGUGGCCAUGGGGCUCCUGAAGCAGUUUGAGGGGAUGCAGCUUCCAGCUGCCUCAGAGCUGGAGUGGCUCGUCCCGGAGCACGACGCCCCUCAGAAGCUUCUACCCAUCCCUGACUCACUGCCCAUCUCACCGGAUGACGGGCAGCAUGCUGACAUCUACAAGCUGCGGAUUCGUGUUCGUGGCAACUUGGAGUGGGCCCCCCCCCGGCCUCAGAUAAUUUUUAAUGUUCAUCCCGCCCCAACGAGGAAAAUUGCCGUGGCCAAGCAGAAUUACCGCUGUGCAGGAUGUGGCAUCCGGACUGACCCUGAUUAUAUCAAGCGACUGCGGUACUGUGAGUACCUGGGCAAGUACUUCUGCCAGUGCUGCCAUGAGAAUGCACAGAUGGUCAUCCCCAGCCGGCUUCUGCGCAAGUGGGACUUCAGCAAGUACUACGUCAGCAAUUUCUCCAAGGACCUGCUCAUUAAGAUCUGGAAUGAUCCUCUCUUCAACGUGCAGGACAUAAACAGUGCCCUCUACAGGAAGGUCAAGCUGCUCAAUCAAGUCCGGCUGCUGCGGGUCCAGCUAUGUCACAUGAAGAACAUGUUCAAGACUUGCCGACUGGCCAAGGAGCUUCUGGAUUCCUUUGACACAGUCCCGGGCCACCUGACAGAGGACCUCCACCUGUACUCACUGAAUGAUCUGACGGCGACCAGGAAGGGGGAGCUGGGGCCCCGGCUUGCUGAGCUCACCAGGGCAGGGGCUGCCCAUGUGGAGAGAUGCAUGCUCUGCCAAGCCAAGGGCUUCAUCUGUGAGUUCUGUCAGAACGAGGAUGACAUCAUCUUUCCCUUUGAGCUCCAUAAGUGCCGGACCUGUGAAGAGUGUAAAGCGUGUUACCAUAAAGCCUGCUUCAAGUCUGGAAGCUGUCCGCGCUGCGAGCGGCUGCAGGCCCGGCGGGAGGCCCUGGCCAGGCAGAGCCUGGAGUCUUACCUGUCGGACUUCGAGGAGGAGCCCGCCGAAGCGUUGGCCCUGGAAGCCGCCGUCCUGGAGGCCACCUGAAGAAAGCACAUGAAGCCCCUGUCUGGGCCGGGGUCACACAUAUUGCAGAACUGAGCCACUCUUUGAAGGACUUGCCCCACCUGGGGCUGCUGCUUUUUUUUAAUUAUCUUUUUUUUUUACUGUCUGACGUCCGUGUGCAGUCAGCCUUUGGUAGGUUGAUGGGUCCAGAGUCUGUGGUGACAGAUAAUUUGUAAGCUCCAGGUGUUUUCAUCAGAACUGACAUGUGGGUCCUUCAGUGAAGCUUCUAGUGCCUCUGUCAGGGGAAGAGACAGCAAGACCCAGUUCCUCCAGCGUCUGUGGCCUUCUCUAGAACCAGACCUGGUUUCAACUGCAUGUCAAGUAUCUUUUCCAAUUUUCCUUUGUUUUCGUUCUGGAGCUUCUGAGCCAGGCCUUUCUCAGCCACCUCUCCUCCUGCUGCUGAAACGGCGGCGUUCUUUCUCUCCCUGUCCUGGAUUGGGGUCAGACUGUGCCCCGAGGAGAAGCAGCAGAGAAUGGGACUACGUCAUGGGCAUUUUGUCCACUUAUUUGGGUAUUUUGGGGGCCACAGAACAAUCAUGACUAUCCUAGACUCCUCAGAGACCUCAGAGAGGCAGCCGUGAAUGUCGCUGUGUUGCUGGGAUUUCCCGUUUGGAAUAUGUGAAGUAUAGAUGAUGCCAGAAGCUGACUUUCUUCAUCUGCCCUGGUGAGCUUGAAGCAAAGAGCAGAACUGAUGCGUAGGCCAGGCUCGUCUGCAGCCUUAUGCCACAAGCACACGUGAGGCGGCAGCUCUGCUGCUGAAGGAGCACUUAGGUGUUAAGGUCUCUUUUAGUUAACCUGGCUUUUUGAUGCAGGUAUGAUCUUUGAAGCUCAGGCAAGUCCCUGAUGCCAUCCUAAGGUGAGGACAGGAACCCCACCCACCCUCUUAGUGUGUCCCUGACCACUCUGUCAUCUGUUCGAUGGUCAUUGUGGUUCUCAGUGAAAGUACAACCCAACUCCCUUCUCUCUCCCCUUGUGCAGCAGAGCUGCAUCCUUCCCUGGUGGCCGAGUCUCUCUUGCCUUAGCUUCUGUGGUCAAAGUUGGAGAAAAGCUUCCUGCUAUUAGUGCUGUGACAGAACUCGACAGUUUGUGGAUGUGAGUGUGAUGUUCUGUGUUCUUGGGAUAACAAGAGCCUUUAUGCCAAUUAUGCACUUAACUCUGUGUAGCCUGGUGAUGUUUAUCUGUUCAGUUGCCCAUUGGAUAGUGCUGGUUUUAGUGUGCGCCCUGCCCCCCGUUAAUGUGUGUGUUGACGGCAAAGUCCUUUCGAUAGUGCUGGUUUUAGUGUACUGCCUCCCCCCAUUAAUGUGUGUGUUGAUGGCGAAGUCCUUGGAUGGGGCCAUGUGUGUGUUUGUGAUGUUCCUCAAGUUGAUGCAGCUUCUAACCUCUGUGAAAACACUGGUCAGAGUGGCUUCCCCAAGAGCUGGCAGCUCUGUGAACUAAAGCCUGCAGCAUUUCUGUUCUGGGACUGAAUUCUGCCCGUGGGCCCGUCUUCCUGUAGUUGCCCGCUGGUAGGAGAACAAUGGGCGUGGGCGCUGUCCCUGGAAGCUGAACAGAAGGGGGCCUGUGGUUGGUGGAAGCUGAUGAGAGCCUGAGCUGGCGGUAAGAAGGAAUCUCCCAGGGAGGUGGGAGAGACCUUAAGGUGAUGGCCAAGGCUGAGACUCCACCAGCACGAGAGGGAACGUGUGGGAACCGGCCCCUGCUCUUGGUUCCUCUGCCUCAAAGUUGGGAUCUGAAAGCCAUGUUGGGCUAUAAGACCCUGAGGCUGUUCUCCCUUCUGUUCACAGUGAGGCUCUUAAGGCCAAGGCCAGCAGUUUUGAAGGGCUGACUGGAAGGCCCGGGCCCUUCAGGGAGCUUCACGGAACUCAGGUUUCACUAGGGGUUCGGUCCCAGAUCCAGACCCAGGGGUUUAUAAAAAUGGUGAGCUCUCCUUCCAGGUUUGGUUUAAAUUACACAUCCAGGCCAGGCAUGGUGGCUCACGCCUGUAAUCCCAGCACUUUGGGAGGCUGAGGCGGGCGGAUCUUGAGGUCAGAAGUUUGAGACCAGCCUGGCCAAUGUGGUGAAACCCCGUCUCUUCCAAAAAUACAAAAAUUCGCCAGGCAUGGUGGCGCACACCUGUAAUCCCAGCUACUUGGGAGGGUGAGGCAGGAGAAUCGCUUGAACCCAGGAGGUGGAGGUUGCAGUGAGCCGAGAUUGCACCACUGCACUCCAGCCUGGGUGACAGAGCGAGACUCCAUCUCAAAACAAAAACAAAAAAGUGACACAUCCAGCUCCAUCUCCAGGUCAUUGGAGAUGUGCUAUCUUGUCCUGCCUGUUUCUCAUCAGCACAGGAUCAAAGGAUAAAAAUGCCGACAGCUUCUGAAGCCGGACUCAACAGUCUCACAGGCUCCUGACUUGUCACUUACUUUUCUCCAUCUCCCUCAACUGCACCCCAUCCCUUUAGAUCGUGCGUGUUUUAGUGACUGACACGCUGCUGCCAUCACCGUCCAAAUACUCAUUUAUUUAUUUAUUCGAGAGGGGGAAAGCGGGUAGAGGAUGGGAUGUUUUGGAAGCACUUUGCAACUUGUCAGUAUCUGAAAAUCCCCUGCUGUUGCGGGGAGAAGCUUUGAAUGCACUGAAGAGAAUCCCUUCUAAACGAAGGUGAGGGUAGUGUUCUUUCUCUAAGUAAAGGGAAAGAAAAAAACGUAGGUUGCUUACCAGGUGGAGACAAGAUUCAAGACAUAGCAGAAAAGUGGAAGACAAAUAUCUUCCACUUAAAUGAGGCUGUUUUGACGUUCUCUGCCAAGGAUUUAGAGCUCUUGUUGAAUUACCAUAGAAGAAACGCGAGUCUCAGUAGAGAUGUUCUGUGUGUGCAGCCUGUGCUCUGAACUGGCUUUCCACCUGCCGUGGUUCUUGCACAGCCUGGCAGUUCAUUGUCAUCUUUAAUAAACUAAGGAAAUGAAAUUCUGUC